AUGGGCUCAAAACGACCACACGACGAGGUCGAGGGCGAGGGAGGAGCCCCACCCGCAGCCCCAGAGGCAAAGAAGCGCAAGGGCUUCCGCGUCGGGCCCGACAACCUCCCGGACGGCGCAUGGCGACGUAAGAACACCAAGAUCAAGCACGAGCUGAUCCACAAAGCGAAAGUCAAGAAGGACUACGCCAAGGUCAAGGCGGAGCUGCAGAAGGAGAGGGAAAGGCAGGAGAAUCCGGCCCCGGGCACGGCAGCUGCAGAGGAGCCACAGAUCCAUCCGGACCGCCAGCAGCGCAUGGACGAUGAGCAGUUGGACAGGCAGCACGUCGACGGCGAGAGUGCACCACCACGGAGGCAGGCGAGGAGGAAAGAGCCGACAUCCGGUGGCAACCAGCAAGAACUGGGACAACGGGGCGAGCACGAGGACGGCCCCACGCCACCGAAGCCCACAUCCACAACGACGACGAUACCAUUCCCAGCAGAACCACCAACCUCAAAAGACCCCAAAGCCCGGCGCGAGAGGCGCAAGCGCCGCCCGGACUACUACGACAAGGCUCUGGAGGAGGGCAGCCGCAAGAAGGCCGAGGCGGAGGCGCGGGCGGCCGAGGCGGAGCGCCGGGAGCAGGAGCGGGCGCGCAGCAUCGACGAGCGCGAGCGCACGCGGCGGGCGAUGCUCAAGGCCAAGGGGUUCUCGGCGUCGGGCAAGCCGCGGGGCAGGCCCAAGCUCGGGCGCGAGAGCAAGGUCCUGCUGGACAAGGUGAAGAGGAUGGUUGGCGCUUGA